GGCAACGACAACUCUUACGGAAGGAACGAUCUCUUCUUCAUCCGCCUCCAUCCGGCCUGUGUACAUCCACGUUCACGUUCACAUUCACAAAUGCUUUUCUCUUCCCAAUUUCCAUUCUUCUUCUAUUCACCAUUGCUAUUAAGUCAAUAUCAUCAAAUCCAUUUGGCUUCAUCGCAUUAUUGCUUUUGCUUUGUCAAUUCUAGCUAUAUCAAAGAUACAUUCUUCUUCUCGCAUCAUCAUCAUCUCAAAAUUGUCAUUUGAAGCAUCAUAAGCAUUGUUCAUCAUGCAUGUCAAAUCUCUUGCUGUGGCGGCUUUCAGUCUUGUUGGUACAAUCGCUGCCCAACGUCCGACGGGCAGUGGCAUCUGCGAUUACUAUACGACCGCUCUGUUUAAGGACAAUACUGCUUCCAACCAACAGAAACUAUUAAUCCGCGUCGUCAAUAGGGCUCUUGUUGGCAAUACCUAUGAUCGACCAACCUCUGGUGUUAUGGUCAAUGGCAUCCUCAGAGAAGGAUCGUAUAAUGGUAUCAAAGUCAACUUGUUGCCAUAUUUCAACGGUGGCUUCGUCUCUACUAAUGGAGGAAACAAACCACUAUCUGUCAAUUUUCUCGACGGUGGAGGAGCAAAUAGUCUUCGGAAUUACCAGCCGGCCAAUUCUGAUAAAAGCAAUCAAUACUUUCUCUUGACUCAUCUCUAUCAGUACUUUGGUGUGCUACUUUCAUGCUCAAAGCAAGGUGGCGCUGAGUUCCCAGGAUAUUCCGGUUCUGCAUCUCAGUACAACAUUCACAAGUUCAUGUAUCUUUCUGAUGCUGAAGUUGGUUACUUUAUUGAGCAGGUUGCGUUGUCUGCUGCAUCCUUUGGCGUUUCUAGCUCAGAUCUCACGAUCAUUGAUUCCUCACUCCGACAAUCAUUUGGGUCUCGUUGCCUGCCACCAAUGACGAUCAUUCCCAGCCAAGGAAGUCAGUUACAAUCAAUUUGCACUGAUGAUUCAUGUCCUCUAGCGCCAAAUAAUACUUGUGCUUCUUACGAUCAAACAAUCGCCAUGCCUAAAUCUGAAGCAUGCUAUGCCACAUUUAUGGCUUGCCUUCACGCCUCAAAUUCAUUUCGACUCAAUUGUGAAUUGAGCUACUACACCUGUAAGAGCAAUCGUUUCCCAUCGGUGAAUCCCGAUAGCACAAUUUCAAAGACCCAAUUAUGUCGUUGUGAAGUCCCUGGGUUUAGUUCCGGCACUGGCUCAGUCCCUUUUUUCAGCCUCUGCCCAUGUCCCACCUCUGGAACUGGAUCCAGUUCUUUCUCUAAAAUAACACCGGUUACUGUUUCGAGCAUGGGAGUUGGAACUAUUACUGGAGCAGCUAGGAGAGCUAGCACUACCAGUACAGCCCCCGGAGCUAUCACCAAUACAGGUACAAUUACUAGAACUAGCACUAGUAAUGGCACAGCUAUCCAAACGGUCAUCAUUAACACAGUUAUCAAGACUGGCAAUAUUAACACAGUUAUCAGGACUGGCAAUAUUACGGGCACGUUUACUGGGAGCAUAACUACCGGCGCAUCUAAUGGAAGCGGCAAAAUCGCUAGCACAGUAACUAGAAGUAAUGCUUUUGGCACAGGUAUCAAAGGCGAUAAUAUUCAGAGCACAAUUACAGGAAGUGGAACUACCACGGGUAUUAGAACGAACAACAGUACCCGCAGAGGUACUAGCACUCCAACCAUGAUCAAUGGUGCAGAUUCGCGUCUAAGUCUUGGAUCUACAAAUAAUACUAAUAGUACUGUGACUAUCGCCAAACCAACCCAGGUCACAGCAGGUGCCACAACUAUUGGUUUGAGCUUUGUAGCCAUUGCUGGUGGUCUUGCUGCCUACUUCUUAUAGGUUCAUGCGUGCAAACAAAAUUUGGAAUCAUGUAACUACACGACUAUGGUCUCCGGUAACGAGUGGAGGCGGACCUCGCUCCCUUAUAUUAGCGUCAGUGGUGAAUGGGGUUCCAUACAUCUUUGCAAUUCUUAGUGUAGUGGUCGUUAUCGGUUAUUGUGUUUCCCCUUGAUUGAAAGUUGUUGAGCAUGGGCCAAGUUUUGAGAGAGCUCCUGUCUCAACACUGAUUGAAUCGGAACCACUCAACAACAUGGAAUUGGGCUCUUCAAGGUUUGCAUAUUGCUUCUUUCGGACUUGAGCAUUCGGAACGAAGAUGGAAUAGAAGAAAUAGACAUGGAAGGGAAUGAAAUGGUAUACAUCUUUGGCUUGCUGGAUCAGUUUGUACACAAUCUGGUCUGUCGUUGUUCUUACCGUUUGUUCCA